CAGACACGCAAAAGAAGCUAGCUAGGCCUCGAGAUCUCUAUAUAUAUUCUCUCCGACACCGUUGCUUUCGAGCAUAUAUGCCAUCGUAGUUAGUGUCUGAAUCACUAGUAAGCAAUUAAGCUGCUGCAGCUGAUGGCAGCGCGAAGGCCUCGGGGCGACGACGACGAGGAGGGGGGCGGAGACGAUGGUCAUCCUCAGCACCGGCGUGGCCCCAGGCGGAUCCGGCCGGCACUAUCUUUUAGCGCCGUCGUUAGAAGAGUUUUGGCAGAAGAAACUAUUCAGCAAGUCGUCCGCAAUCUGGAACCAGUUAUUCGUCGGGUGGUGCGUGAGGAGAUUCAGAACAUCUUUUCUCAGCAAGACCCCUUAAUACCAUACAGAUCUCUUCCUCUACGCAUCCAAGAAGUGCAGAUCUCACCUCCGCUGAAGCUUAUCUUUACCAAGCGGCUCAGGCUACCCGUAUACACCAACAACAACCUGGUCGACCUUGCAAAUAAUGCAAUCGAAAUCCAGCUCGUAGACACAAUAUCCAACACACCAACAAACACUCAUCUGGGCUCUUCAAUAAGACUGGAAGUACUAGUCCUGGAUGGUGAUUUCUGUUGCGAAGAUGGGGAGGCGUGGACGGUUGAUCAGUUUAAUGCUGCAAUCGUGAAGGCUAGAGAAGGGAGGAGGCCAUUGCUGGUGGGUAGCCUCAAUGUUGCAAUGAGCAAUCAUGGUGUGGCCGUGAUUGACGAUGUUUCUUUCACCGACAAUUCGAGCUGGAUACGGAGCCGGAGGUUUCGAGUUGGUGUGCGCAUCAUGCCAACCAGCUAUGUUGGGCCGAGGAUCCAAGAGGCAGUGAGCGAGAGCUUCACGGUGAAAGACCAUCGAGGCGAAUUGUACAAGAAGCAUUACCCUCCGUUCCUCACAGACAAUGUAUGGAGGCUCAAGAACAUUGGAAAAGAUGGACCGAUUGACAAGAGGUUAGAGUCCGAGGGGAUCAAGAACGUCCAGGACUUGUUAAAGCUUAACACCAUAGAUCCUGAUAAGCUCAAAGCUCUCCUUGGUAUGUCAGAUAAGCAAUGGAGUACAACACUGAAUCAUGCAAAAACGUGUGACCUGAGGGGGAAAUGCUACGUUUUCAAUACUGAAGGGUGCGAUAUUACCUUCAACCCUAUAGGAGAGGUCUUGUCAGCAAGAUUUGGAGACCAGACAUGUUCUUUUCACGAAUUGCAUCCACAUCAAAUGUUCCAAGUGAAGCAAUUGGCCAUCCAGGCAUACCAGCAGUGGGAUCAACUGGAGGAAGUGGUUAAUGAGAUGCCAUUUACUGCAAAUAAAAGCUUAAUACCAGCAAGUAAUUCUGGUUGGGAGCGGAGUGAGAGCCAAGAGAGCAUGAUCAGCUCAGGGUCUCAGAACGCCAAGUAUCUUGACUACACGGGAACUCCUACCUCCAGUGCAGCAGCAGCAAUGACUACCAACAGCAGCAGAACCUCAGAUUCUGCAGUAGCUGUUCCAGCUGACGAUGCUAUGUUAUGGAGCCCAAGCAGCAUGGCAGCUGAUGAUAAUUUUGGCUGGCAGAACUCGACGAACCUCGAUUGCUGGGAUCCAGUAGAUUAAUCCUCGGUCGCUGUUUAGGAACUCUUUUAGAAUAAUAGAGUGUUUGGUACAUCGGAGUUAUUGUGUUGUUUAGUGCAAAUUUAUGCUUUUGAAACAGGCGCUCCAGACGAAGUCCAGGCCGUCAGCCACUGUUUCGCCAUGACAAGCUAUUUGCCAUGUAUCGUUAGCGCCCAGAUGAAGUCGAAUUCUCCUUUACCACCC